CCUGCCUGGCUACGUCAGCACGUCGUCCACUAUGCGCGAGCCGUCUGUAUAAAAGACUACUACUCUGAUACUGUACUCUGAUCUUUGUGUCAGACUUUAACUUGAACAAACUUAACCGCACGUCAGUUCUUUGUUGCCUGGCUACGUCAGCACGUCGUCCACUAUGCGCGAGCCGUCUGUAUAAAAGACUACUACUCUGAUACUGUACUCUGAUCUUUGUGUCAGACUUUAACUUGAACAAACUUAACCGCACGUCAGUUCUUUGUUGAGAAAAACAACGGGGGUCCUCGUCAAUCCGACGUCACUAGAACGCGGCAUACCCAGUGCACGUACGCCUGCCUGGCUACGUCAGCACGUCGUCCACUAUGCGCGAGCCGUCUGUAUAAAAGACUACUACUCUGAUACUGUACUCUGAUCUUUGUGUCAGACUUUAACUUGAACAAACUUAACCGCACGUCAGUUCUUUGUUGAGAAAAACAACGGGGGUCCUCGUCAAUCCGACGUCACUAGAACGCGGCAUAAAAAGCGGGGCGUCUGAGCAGAGGGCAACUUAGAAUCGAUCGUAUUUGGUUGCCCUGGACGACUUUUGCCAUGAAUUGCAUUGAUGAAAUCGAGGGAUUGAAGAUGAUUAUGGAUGGCACCAUCCAUAUGGCACCCAAGCAAAGCCAAGUAGCCCAGAACCAAAUGCGAAGAAACAUGGGGGACUAUGCCGAGGCUCACGGACCCCACAGAGCCAAUCGCGGGUAUUCAGCCUCGCUGCAGCCUCUACAAGUCCACAACGGUCUGUCUAAUCCACCGCGUGCGUCCACCCUGCUGGCACCCAAGCAAAGCCAAGUAGCCCAGAACCAAAUGCGAAGAAACAUGGGGGACUAUGCCGAGGUUCACGGACCCUACAGAGCCAAUCGCGGGUACUCAGCCUCGCUGCAGCCUCUACAAGUCCACAACGGUCUGUCUAAUCCACCGCGUGCGUCCACCCUGAGGGAAUGUGAGCUCAUCAUCCGUCAGCUGUACAACACCAACCACCGUUCACAGUCCCAGCAAAUUGUGCGCUACAAGGAGUUGCUGGAAGAUAUUGUGCUCAACAAGAGAAAGAGAAUCACCCCCGAAAACUACAACCUGACCAAAGCCUUCCUUGCGGAUGAUAUUCGCAAAUUCUCUGACAACACAUUUCCGAAACUGGAUCUGAAAACAGAAAAAACGACCGCCGUUGGCCUCCCGGCGCUCACGCAGGGCCUCAACUCAUCUGUGGCGGAGCGCCAGAGACGGAAUCGCGCCGUGCACAGAAGCCACGUCAAGGGCACGGUGCGAUGAGAUGAUCCAGAUGCUCACCUCUCAGCUGCAACUUCGGGGACAUGCAAAGUCAGUGUCCGUGUGAUGUCACAGAUCAAACAGCCAAUCAAAAAGCCGUGGAAGAACCGAGAGAAAUGUUUUCGCUGGGUAGAAGCUUGUAAACGGCAGGGAUUUACAGUACCUAAUGUCACCAAAGACACAUCUAUAUAUAUAUAUAUCAUUGUCAAUUAUUCUCAAAGCAUCCCCUGAUCUUAAGCCCCCCAAAAGAGCUACGAAAAACUCCCAAAAACCCUACUAAAAAAAAUCAUUUUAUUUAAUCGUAUUUAUAUAUUUAUCAUAAAUGUAUCAUUUAUUCAUAUUACCUUACCAUACUACCAUAUAACCCUAACCCUAAAUAUUUCUGACACGUCACCGGUCCGUAGCUUUCCAUUCGCUUGUGAGUUACUCCAUCAUACCAUAUUCAUUCCGGGUAUUGAGAGCCAGGCUUCCUUAGUGGAGUUGUUGGUCCUCUGGGAUCUCACCCCCAGCAACACGGGUUUCAAUUUUGGUGGGGCCUAAAAAAAUUAUUAUGCCCUGCAUUUGACUAGGGGUGUAACGAUACAUCGAUACGCAUCGAUUAAUCGAUCGUAGAGCACUAGAUCGCGAUACAUCGUGAAUGAACCGCAGCAGGCUUUAAGAUAUCGGCAAAUAUCGUAUCGUAGUUCUUUAUAUCGAUAUUAUAUCGUAGCGUGAAAAAACCCGCCAUUUACACCCCUACAUUUGACCCAUCCCCAUGUGAUCGAGGCUUCCGUAGUGUGGUGGUUUGUCUUCUGGGCUUUCACUCCAGCGACAUGGGUUUGAGUCUGGGUCCAGCCUAAAAAAUAAAUUUGCAACACAGUUGAUCGUGUAUUUCCCCAUUUAACCAUCCACCUCCCUGAAGCUUAGGGUUGGGUUUAGAGCUAAGGUUAGGUUUAGAGCUAGUGUUUGGGUUAGAGCUGGGGCUAGGGUUAGCGUUAGAGCUAGGGUUAAGGUAAGAGUUAGAGCUAGGGUUAGAACUAGAGCUAGCGUUAGGAUUAGAGGGUUAGGGUUAGGAUUAGGGUUAGAGCUAGGUUUAGGGUUUGGGCUAGGGUUAGGGUUAGGGUUAGCAGACCCCGAGCAGGGGUCGGGAACCUUUUUGACUAAGAGAGCCAUGAAAGCAAAAAAUUGGGAAAUUUAUUUCAGUGAGAGCCAUAUAAUAUAUUUUAAAAGUGAAUUCAACUAAAUGUCAGUAUAAUAAGCCUCUUGAAUUUAUUCUUUUAAAUAAUGUUGUUAUAACACUCAUCAUUACAGAACAGUUCUUGCCGACAGAGGCAUGUCUUGUAUCCGUUUGAUUAUCUUGUCUUCAAAGUCCGCUUUAUUGUCAAUCUCUUCACAUGUCAAGACAGACAAAGAAAUCGAAAUUACGUUUUCUCUAUCCCACGGUGACGAGACAUAUUACACGAUAGACAUACAAGUAAACGACACAAUACAAAAACAAGAAGGCACAAACAUUAAAUAAUAAGAAUGUUGAAUAAAUAAACAGAUAACACAAUAAAUAAGAGGAGCAAAACGGAGCCAGUGUGCAUACAGCAGACAGUAAGCGUAGCGCAAACGUACAGGACGCUUUGUUCGGAAGAUCAUGAGAAAGUUCAUUGGCUACAUCCAGCAUGAACGUUUUAGCAUACUCGCCAAUAUUUUAUUUUAUCUGCGAGCCAUAUGCAAUCAUCAAAAGAGCCACAUCUGGCUCGCGAGCCAUAGGUUCCCGACCCCUGGGUUAGUGCUAGGGUUAGCUCGCCAUUUUCUCGACUCGUACUCGCACUCUUAGGGUUAGCUCUAAGCCUUACCCUAACCCUAGCUCUAACCCUAACCCUAGCCACAGCUCUAACCCUAACACUAGCUCUAAACCUAACCCUAGCUCUUAACCUAACCCUAAGCUUUAGGGAGGUGUGCCGUUUUUUUCCGUGUAUAGUGCGCCCCCGUGUGUAGUACGCACCCCUAAAAAUGGCAUGCUGAUGCUGGAAAAAAGCUUGUACCCAUGUACAAUUUUUUUUUUUAAUUUUUUUUUUUUUUUUAAGUCCCAAUGAUCGUCACACACGCAGGGAGGCAAUGGGUCCCAUUUUUAGUCUUUGGUAUGGUCUUAACUAGGCUGGAUGUCAUUUUUUUUGUUGGCGUUGAUUUCUCCGACUGCCCGUAAACGCACCACCGCGUCUGAUACGAGAGCAUUGCGGUCGCAUGGAGCGUGUUUGAAGUGAACAGCAGAGAAGAAAGUGUUGUGAAAUAAAAUAUUACCUGUAAUACGGACUUAGGUAGAGAACUGAACUCUCGCUCUUUAUAUAGCUGACGUGUCUUGCGCAUCCGUUCUGGGCAUCUGUAAUGGCGGCCUCCGUAUGAUAUCCGGUUUGCGGUGACAGAGCCGUCGCUGAAAUUUAGAAGAUAUUUUUAAAGUCCUGAUCUAAAAUUUAAGUGGACCUCAGUGCGCACUGCGCAGGGAGCUUAAUUUGGUGCGGUCGCGCAACCGCAGCGCGCCGGGCGUUCACUGUCGCAUUGCUUAAAGAGCGAGCGCCUUUGUGUUUUAGGAUGAACAGCAGAGACCAAAGGAACAAGGCAAAGUGUUGUGAAAUAAAAUAUUACCUGUAAUACGCAUUUUGUUAUUUGCUGAUUGAAACUGCUAAUUAAACUGUGAAUUGAAACUAAUAGGAAGAAAACAACUCUCGCUCUUUAUAUAGCUGACGUGUCUUGCGCAUCCGUUCUGCGCAUUUUAUUUCACAACACUUUGCCUUUCUUCUCUGCUGUUCACUUCAGACACUCUCGUAUCAGACGCUUGCUCGAUCACCUUGGGGGGCGCGGUGCUAUUCCUGGGGGGGGCGCGUGUGACCCUGGGGAACAGGCUUUUUUUUUGGCAGUACUAGAAGAAAGUGUAAUUGCGCGUUUACUACAGCAGGGGGCAGUGGCGCUCUCAUUGUUACUUCUGUGACGUUUGCGACAGUGCAACAUUUUACGACUUACAAGACAAGUUAGGAUAGUCACGGUGGGGAGGGGGGGCGCGAAUAGUUUUCUUCUUGCUAGGGGGGGGGCGUAACAGAAAAUAAUUGAGAAGCACUGGUUUACGGGCAGUCGGAGAAAUCAACGCCAACAAAAAAAAUUACAUCCAGCCUAGUUAAGACCAUACCAAAGACUAUAAGAAUGGGACCCAUUGCCUCCCUACGUGUGUGACGAGCAUUGGGACUUAAAAAAAAAAAAAAAAAAAUUAAAAAAUUUUUUGGGACCCAUGUAUAAUGCGCACCCCAGAUUUGAGGACAAUAAAUUAGUUAAAUUUUGCGCACUAUACACGGAAAAAAACACUAUGGUUAGUUAUAUGGGGCACGAGCCACUAGUGUUGCAAGUUUAUUUUUUCGGCCACACCCAGAUUCAAACCUGUGUCGCUGGGGUGAGAGCCCAGAGGACUAACCACUCCACUACGGAGGCCUCGAUCACAUGGGGAUGGGUCAAAUGCAGGGCAUAAUAAUUUUUUUGGGCCCCACCAAACUUGAAACCCGUGUUGCUGGGGGUGAGAGCCCAGAGGACCAACAACUCCACUAAGGAAGCCUGGCUCUCAAUACCCGGAAUGAAUAUGGUUUGAUGGAGUAACUCACAAGCGAAUGGUCAACCUUUAUUUACGCCAGGGAAAAAUCAUGGCCAAAGCUUAAUUGAAAGUGAAAAGUGCCACACCCGCCCUCACCCCCACUUUCUGUUUGAUCUGUGAUGUCACACGGACACUCCUUUAGGUACGUCGCCAUUUUCAAGCGUACCUAAAAACACGUCAGUUCAUUAGAGAAAAAUGAUGGCCAAAGCUGAACUGAAAGUGAAAAGUGCCACACCCGCCCUCACCUGUUGCUGUAACGUCACACAGUUAACCAAAUGUCAAAUUUUUGUUAUUUUAAAAACUACAAGUGUUAUAAAAUCAAGAUUGCCCAAAGAGAAGCAUCAUCUCCCCGUUGUUGCAUCCCUUCUUCAUGUAAUAAAGUUUGCCGUGCAUUAAA